AGAUCGGCGUGCCAAGUCCCGUUAAUCGGCAGUGUCACUAAAAAUACAAUAAUAGAGCCGUGGUUGCCUCACAGUCGAGUGUGUGGCGGCAGCGUUGCCCUCUAGUUGCCGGAGCCGGCCGGCUGUAGUAGGUGGUGCAGUGUCGUGUGUAGCUGUAGUAUAGUGGAGUAUACUACUCUCACAGUGUAGUAGUAGCCAGGGGCAACGAUCUCGCGGUAUCACUAGGUUAAUGGGUUAAUGCUCAAUAUCGGCAGUUCAAUUACUUCUCACUACAAGUACUAUUGGUCGAGUUGCAUAAACAUAGCUACAAUGUUGAUUACACGAGCUGUGCGCCGAUGCUGAUCUGCGGAGCGGACACAUCUCGAUAUGGCUGCAGUCAGACGUCGGAUGAUCGGAGUUCUCAGCAAGCUCAGCACUUACAGCAGCACGUAUGUCGGCUUCAGCACUCUCGCUCGCAGACGUGAGGCAGUGUACAAUGUGUGCCACAAGUGUACUGUGCUGGCCGUAACAUGCUCCAGUGUACGGCCAGAGGUAGGAGGGAAGCGUCACCUCCUCUCCAACAAUGGCGGGGGUCUGAGUCUCGUCAACAAGGCCCAGAUGUCCCAAGACGCGUGGUCUUUGCCGCCCAAGCAGGGCCUCUACGAUCCGCAGAACGAGAAGGACGCGUGUGGAGUCGGAUUCAUCGUCUCCAUCGACGGCACCAGGUCGCACAAGGUAAGCUCACACGGUAUCUGAUCCAUAACAGUUUUAGUAGGUGCAGGUACAUCUGUGAAAGAGACGUUUCAGUGGAAAGUAAUGUAAGUCAGUGAUGAUACCAAGACUUGACAUCAGUGUAUUUGAAAUUUUACGAAAUAUUUGAACUAUUCUUAUUGAAGCAUAGAUAUUUUUUAAUUUCAUUGUUGCACUCCUUUGAGAUGACUUCUCUCUGACAGGAAAACAGAAAAUGUAGUUUGUAUCACACUAAGAUUUUCAUAGCUUUCAUUGUAUUAGUUACGCAAGGUUUUAAGGCAUUGAAGGUUAACAUAUUUGGUAAUUUUUAAUUAGUCUUAUCAAGCAUUGUGUAAGGUGUGGCUUUGUAGUAUUGAUUGUAUUUAAUUAAACGUGAUGUCUUUUAUAAUAUUUAUGAUUAAAGGAAAUUACUUUUUUUAAUAAAAAAAACGUGUUAUAAUAAGUAACCUAUUGAGUGGUUUUUAUGGCCCUGGUUACAAAAUGCCCUCAAAUACAGCCUUGCCUACAGUUACUCCUUGAAAAAUCAAUUUUGUCAAUUUUCCUGCCUUAAGAAAACAUAUUUGAUGAUGUUAUGAAAAACAUGUGCAAUUCAACCGAAAACCGAAUGACACCACCGUUUGUGUUAUAUUUCUUAACAUACCAUAUAUUUUUGCAUUGGCUUCAUACAAAAUACUAUAAUUACGUUAUGAUGAAGAUGUUGCCAUAAAAAUCCAAUAUUUACUAAAUUUCCAUCCAUUUUCCCUUCGAUCCUCUCCUCUUUUACCUGCUGUGUAUGCAUAUGGCGCACAUGCCUUAUCUGUUACCAUUUCCUGGAGCGAACUCCAAGCGAAUAACCAACUGGCCACCAACAGCGGCGAAUAUGACGUCACGUCACACACGUCUUGUCGUAAUAAGUUUAUUUUCAGAUUUAUUAAUAAACUGUAUGCUUCAUGAACAAUUUCAUUCUGGCACUUCUAAACAAAGCACGCACUUUUAUUUAGAACCGGCUGUACUUAGUUGAUGAUAUUGAGUUUUUCCCCAUAAGAAUAAUCAGGGCCGGAUCUAUCAUUUCUUCUAGGGGGGGGCAAGCUUGACUUUUGGCGCCCCCCCCCCGAUACCAAACUAUUUACCAUAAGUUUUACUACUAUAUGCUUUGUA